UAUAGAUACAGUUUGCUGCUGAGAUAUUUCUAUUGCCCAUACUUAGGCCUAUGGGUUCAUUCUAAACCUUUAUCCUCAAUUAUUAAACUUGUUCAGAUGUGCUAACUUUUUUUAAGUGAUGAUGUUUACAAUUUUCACCUGACAGAUGAUAAAGCAGGUCAAAAAAUUAGCCCCAGGGCAUAUUUAGAGUCUAGUUGCACCGCAUGACACAUCACUUUGUCAAACCUGCUCUGGUGCCAGACACAUCUUGUGACAAGAUGGCGCCAGUGUUCGUGGCCUGCAGUCUGCUUCUCAGUCUGUUUGUCUUCGCUCUGUCCGCUUUUCUGUGUUCUUCCGUUACGAGUUCGCCAGCUUUGUUACAGUAUGAUCGUCAAACUCUGUUUGCGAUAAGAUCUUCGACGUAAGAGUCACAUACCGUUUUGCUGAGUGGAUUUGACGCCCAUCUUCCUCCUGUCCAGUGUUGGUCACUGACUUGUUUCUGUCGGCUGCCCUUCAUUCCUCGCUGGAAAAGGCAUCGAAGAAGACGCGGAACUCGAGGUGGCUUUUUAGUCAAGCUAAAGGCAAGUCUAUCUGUGCAGCUGCCGUUGUAACGUUUUCCCCUGAUUGACUACUAAGGGAAAGUAUUGUUCUAUCGUCUUGUGCUCUAUGGAGAUACCAUAUCAAUGGAUUAUUCCAACGUAAAAUCUACGGUCCCUGCAUCGCGAAUUGGGAUGGUGUUCAGUAGAGUAGCGGUGCAGAAUAUUUUGGCUGGUGGCUGCAGCUGCCGCAGUUCGGAUGCCCCUGAUGACAUGGUGAUAGGGAUGUGUCUGACCACACUGGGACUCCCGGUCACACACAGCCCGCUUUUCCAUCAGCAUCCAUGAUGGCUGGCAGGGCGGUGACAGAAAGUUGCCCUCUGGGUCAGUUCCCUUGUGGAAACAUAAGUGUGUGUUUGCCCCAGGUCCUUCAGUGCAAUGGCCACAGGGACUGCAAGAACGGAGCAGAUGAGGAACACUGCGGGGACAACAGCGGAUGGGCGGAUAUCUUUGAUCGCACUAUUAAAAAGGCAGAGCCACGGGACCUUCCUAAUGACUGCUUUGUGCAGCAGUACCCGGAGAGCUGUGAUUGCAUUAAGACGGAGGUGGAAUGUGUUGACGUGAACCUGCAUGUUGUACCUGUCCUCUCCUCCAAUGUGACUUGGUUGUCUCUGAAGAACAAUAGGAUUAGGAAUUUGGAUGAUUACAUCUUCUCCAAAUACGCACAUCUGCAGAGGCUGUUUCUUCAGAACAACAUAAUUCAAAUGGUCUCAAGCCGUGCCUUCAGUGGACUGUUCACUCUAGAAAAACUGUUUCUCAGCCAAAACCACAUAACCUAUUUAGGACCAGGUGUAUUCAGAGAUCUACACAAAUUAGACUGGCUAGUAUUGGAUCACAAUCCACUUAAAAGUGUCACCUGUGAUACUUUCAUCGGUCUGAGGUCGCUGACAUUUCUAUCAAUGGUAAACACGUCCCUGAUGUGGCUGCCUGAUUCGAGUUUCUGUCAGCACAUGCCCUUGCUCAGCUGGCUGGACUUUGCUGAGAACCACGUUGAGUUGCUGAAUUAUUCCACUCUGAAGACCUGUACCGAGCUCACAGUGCUAUCACUGCAUGACAAUAAAAUCAAGAUCCUUCCAGAAAACACCUUUCAUUCUCUUGGAUCUUUGGUUGAACUAGAUUUGUCUUGCAACAGAAUUGCCGAUCUUCCUAAAAACACUUUCAGGAGUUUACAAUAUCUGCAGAAACUCAACAUAUCCCAUAAUCCCUCACUCCAUAUUCAUGCCAGCUACUUCGAUCACCUAGUCCAACUUCAGUCUCUAAGUCUGGAGGGCAUUGAAAUUCCUGAUAUAAGCACCAAGAUGUUUCUUCCAAUGAGGAACUUGUCCCACAUAUAUUUUAAGGAUUUUCAGUACUGUUCCUAUGCCCCACAUGUUCGGAAAUGUAAACCUAAUACAGAUGGCAUUUCAUCAGUGGAAGACCUGUUAGCCAGCCGUGUUCUGCGGGUGUCCGUCUGGGUUAUGGCCUUCAUCACCUGCUUUGGAAAUCUCUUUGUUAUCGGAAUGCGCUCCUUCAUUAGAGCAGAGAACAACUUGCAUGCAGCCUGCAUCAAAGUCCUGUGUUUUGCUGACUGUCUGAUGGGAGUCUAUCUUUUCUUCCUGGGGAUAUUUGAUGUGAAAUUUCGGGGCGAAUAUAACCGGAAUGCUCUUAUCUGGAUGGAUAGCGUGGAAUGCCGAACGAUUGGCUUUCUCGCCAUGCUCUCCUCUGAAGUAUCUGUUCUCCUCCUCACCUACUUGACACUAGAGAAAUUCCUAGUCAUUGUUUUCCCGUUUAGCCAUCUGCGGCCUGGGAAGCUGCAGACAGUGUUGGUUCUAGCCUUCAUCUGGAUUCUGGGAUUUGUCAUAGCAGCUGUUCCCUUACUAAAUGAAGACCUGUUCGGGAACUAUUAUGGGCGAAAUGGAGUUUGCUUUCCUCUGCACUCUGAUAGGCUGGAGAAACCAAUAGCCAAAGGAUACUCCACAGGGAUAUUUCUAGGUCUUAAUCUGGUGGCGUUCUUGGUGAUUGUCGUUUCCUACUCCAGCAUGUUCUGUUCCAUUUAUAAAACCGGCAUCAAUGCCACAGAUGUGCGCAGUCGGCUACACAAAGAUGUGGCCGUGGCCAACCGCUUUUUCUUUAUUGUGUUCUCUGACGCCCUCUGCUGGAUACCCAUAUUUUUGGUCAAAACACUCUCUUUGCUGAAAGUUGAGAUUCCAGGGACGAUAAACUCCUGGGUGGUGAUUUUCAUUCUUCCAAUCAACAGUGCUCUUAACCCCAUCCUCUACACCCUGACCACCAGCUUCUUCAGAGAGCAGGUGGAGCUUCUUCUUUGCCGCUGGCAGCGGCGCUCGGUGUCAAAGAAAGACCGUAAGAGUCUCACCAGCUCCACCAUCUACAUGGAGUCCUCUCGCAAUGCAGAAUACCCUGCAAAAAUUUCCUUGCCACGACUGUCUUUGGCAGACAUGGAUAACCAAUAUGGGUGAAAGAGUCAGUGAGUAAAUGGUAUCAUGCUGUAGGGCUAUCAUAAUCAUUAUCUAUGUUCAGACUGGAGAAUGACGGUCUUUGUUGGAACAAUUUAGGUGAAAGGAUGGAACUGUGAUUUUUGCCAUUUGGGUUCCAGUAUGGAGUGCUCUUUUUAGAUACAUGACUCUAGCUUCACUGUUUUCUCCAUUAGGAGAAGCAUUUUUGAUCACUUCCAUUUCCCCCUAAACACCAUGUCUGGUUCACAGUCCCUGAGCUGGGCUUGUUGUUUGUCUCAAAAGCUUUUAAAGAAGAAAAUCAAUGUCUACAAAACGCAAUGCACAAGACUGUCAGAGCUCAUCUUAAAGGGAUCCAAGGAACUUUAAAGCAUUAUUUACAUGAAGGUCAUUUUUUUAAUGGAAAUGUUUCUAUAAUGUGGAAGAAGUUAUUUGUAAUAUACAGCAGAUGUUUUUUUUUUUUAAUGCUUGCUCUGCUAUUUCACAGAAAAGACACAUGAAAGGGAAUGCCUCAGAGUUGUUUUGGUCAACAAAGUAAAUUGUACCUGACUGAACAGAAGCAUGCAAGCAAGAUAAAGUGGUGCAUAUCAUUCAGCCAUAAGAUAAUACAGUGUUUUGUUUUUGUUUGUUUUAUUGUUCUUUUUUUUUUUUUUACAACGAUGUGAAAGCAUUUUAUUUUUAUACUCAUGUAGACUAUUUAUAAGUUGGAUUUUUUUCUACCCAUCUCAAGAUAUGUGAACAAAUAUUCAAAGUCAGCUGUAAAUAUGUUAAUAGUUUGAAUGCUCGUGGAAUUUGUCAAGAAAUAUAUAAUUGACAAUCUGAAGGAGUUCAUAUACCAGUGACACUAUAAGCCAAGGAUAUCCUUGUACUUCAAUCAUUGUAUGACACAGAGAUUUUAAACUCUUAGUAUAAAAAAGCCUGUUGAUUGUUUAUAAUUUAUCAUAAAAGACAGUAUACUCCAUGAAUGAGUGAUCUUUCUCAAAUUCUCGUGCAGUUUUUCAAAACGUAUAUCAAACACAACACAGCUUACACUGCUGGUCAAUAGUUAUUCAAAGAAGUCUCUAAUGCUCCCCAAGGCUUAUUACAAUUUGCACGCGAUCCUUUAAAAAGCAUUGUAAUAUAUAUUUUUUGUGAUCAAGAAACAUUUCUUAUUAUCAAUGUUGAUAACUGUUUUUUUGCAGCCUAAUAUUUUUGUGCAAUUGUGAUACACUGCCACUCAAAAAUUUCAUUAAAGUGACCAAAAUUUACAUUUAUAUGCUAACAUUACAAAAGAUUUCUAGUUCAGAUAAAUUCAGUUUAUUGAACUGUCUGUUCACCAAAAAACCCUAAAAAAUAAUAAAACAAAAAUAUUUUCAAAUACUGUUUUCAGUAUUGAUAAUAAGAAUUAUUAAUAAUUGAGAACCAAUAGUAGCUUAAAUGGAUAACAGACACAAAACAGCAUACUGAAAAUUAAUCAUAAUCAUUUUUCACAAUAUUACAGUUUUGACUUUUUGAUCAAAUAAAUGCAGCCUUGUGAGCAUAAGACUGAGGCUAUUUUUUUUUUUUUUAAUGAAUUGUUACAAACUUUUAACUGGUGAUGUAUACAUUUUUGCUUCUGUAAAGUCGGUGCUGUGAACAUUCUGAUAUUCAGUUUUGUACCAUUUGUACUACACAAUUAAAUUACAACAUGUUUUCAAACUACAUUGGGAGAGACUUGGGGAGAAACGUCAAAAUGUGCAGUUUUAAUGAAAUUGUGCUCGUUUAAA